AUGUCUCAUAGCAGAUCAUCAUCUCAAAAUACACCUAACAUAAAAGAUCAAUUAACCCCAAUCACCCCUCUUUUCGCAUCAUUCUCUAAAACUGCCCUUGGAAUUUCUCCUUCACUGAUGAAAGUUAUAACAAUUCUAAAUACUUCUCCCACAAGCAGGUCCUCGAAUUUUUUGAAAACUCUUGUAACAAUAACUCAAGACGUCCCUUUCUUUAUUAGAAUAAGAAACGAAAUAAAUGAAAGUGCUCACAGAUCAUGCUGUCAAUACAUGCAUUAUUUAUUUAAAAACAAGAAUGAUGUUGUUUUCAAUGUUGGCGACCAAGGCGACUUAUUUUAUGUUAUUCUUAAUGGAACUGUAAAAGUUCUCGUCCCAACUGUUAUUUCUGAAGAAGAGACUCAGCUAAUGCAAGUCUCUACACUAGAAGCUGGCUGCUCUUUUGGAGAGCUUGCGUUACUAAAAAGUCAACCGCGUGCAGCUACUAUUAUUUGUGAUACAAAUACUCAUUUUGCGAUUUUAGAAAAACAUGACUAUUUACGUAUUUUAGGAGAAAAUUCCACUACAAAGCUGGAUGAUUUAAUUGAGUUUUUAGGCUCUUUGCCGGUGUUUUCAAAAUGGGCAAAAAGAGAGCUUGUAAAGCUAAGUUAUUAUUUUACUCCGAUUUCUUUUAAGAGAAACCAAGUGAUUUAUAGAGAAAAUGAUUCGCCAAAAGAUGUGUAUAUAAUUACAAAAGGAGAAGUAGAACUCUAUAGAAAAGUAAGCAUAGAGUUGCCUAUAAUGGACACAAAAUCAAAUCAAUAUGGAAGACCUAAAUUUAUAAAGAAAAAAAGCAAGUUCCAGCAAGCAAGACUUGCAAUAAAAAGCAAAGGAGAGUUUGUUGGCCACGAAGAAAUUAUUAAAGGCACAAAUAGACUUACUAGCUGUAAGUGCUAUUCAGAAACUGUGGAAAUGCUCUCUAUAUCUAAGCUAGAAUUCAAGCGCAGGAUACGAUCAGAAGACGCAUUAAACCAAUUUAUGGACUAUAAUAAAAUAAAAGAACUUCAUAGAGAAAAAAUCGUUAAGGACUUAAAAGACAUUCAAAGCAAUUCUACUCUAUUAUUGUCAAUAAGAAAAAACAACCAGCCAUCUCUUUCUGAAGACGAUGAUGUUAAACCAACAGUCCAUAGAUCUAAUUGCUUUUUAAAACCAUUUAAAAGCUCAACAGCUACAAUUUACUACGAAAAUACAGAGGAUGGCAGCUAUAUGAUUUCCCCGAAGCCAGCGAGCUCUUUUCUGCGUAGAAAAUCAUCACUAAAUUCUUUAAUGAGUGAUCAACUCUCAAAAUUCGAAGAUAAUUUACAGAUUUCACGACAAGAAACAAGACACAGAUUUUCAUCUUUUGACUUAAGUGGCUACUCAUAUGCAAAAGCAUUAUCUCCUAACUCAUCGCUACAAGGCUUUAUCCAUUUUGACAAGCCUCAAAAAACAGAAAAAAUAAAAGCUUCAAAGCCUCCUGAAGAAAUGAGUGCAAUUAAAGCGAAAUUAUUAAGGUGCAACAUCCUUGGGCCAAGCCGAAGAUCUUUUUCAAACUCCCUAUUUUCUCCUAAAACAUAA